AUGUCCAGUUAUACCACAGACGCUCCGGGUGGUAGUAACGGCAAUAACAGCAGCAAAGAUGAGGACCCGGUAACAACUGCUGUGCACUACAUCCAAGAACAAGCGGAACUAAGCAAACAAGCCCGGGAACUAAUGCCCUACGAGCCCGACCAAUGCACGUACGAAAUGGGCGAACUCCGCCAAUCCGUGUACGCCUGUCUUACAUGCUCGCGGGAAAACAACAAUACCCCCAUUGGAGUAUGCUACUCCUGCUCCAUCCACUGCCAUUCGCAACAUGAACUAGUCGAGUUGUUCACCAAGCGCGCCUUUGUUUGCGACUGCGGCACUACACGAAUGAGCAAAACUGCCAAUGGUGCAUGCAAACUAAGAAGGCAAAACAACAACAAUAGUAAAGAGAAGGGGAAAGGUGCCGCGUCUUCAUCUUCGUGUUCUCCUUCUUCCUCGCGCCACGCAAGCCAGGUGGAAUUGCCCGCGGAUGAUAUCCCAAGUUCAACAAAUACGUAUAACCAGAACUUUCACGGCAAAUUCUGUGGAUGCCAGCUGUUUUAUAACCCGUUGGAAGAAACGGGCAACAUGAUCCAGUGUUACUUUGGGUUCCUGUGCGGAGAAGACUGGUUUCAUGAUCAGUGUAUUAUGGGGUUUGCUCCCGAUACGUUCAAGACGAGAAAUGACGCUGAAAGUGACAAGAACAGGCGAAUCGGGGAGAAUAUGUUGGACGAGUUGAGCCCACCCGGUUUUGGUGCCGAUCAAGCCGAUGACCAUGACAAUGACAAUGACCAUGACAAUGACGAGGAAAAUAAGGGUAAUGCGGAUAAUGCGAUGAAAGUAGUAGGUGCAAAGACGAUGGAUCAACCGGAACACAAAGAAAAACUCCAUAACGCCCAAGAACAGCAGGCGAAAGAAGAAAAAGAAGAAGGACUGACCAAAGCCGAAAGAGACCAAUUGGACGUUGACGACCAGGAAAUGAUCCGCAAAUUGAAAUACUUCCCUCAACUAUCGAGCUUUGACCUGUACUUGUGCUGGCAAUGCGUGCAGAAAUUCACUCAAGUGUUUGACGAGUUGGAGAAACGUAUACCGGGAGUAGUGGCACUGAAGCUUCCGCGGUUUGAAGGUGUCAAAACAGUCGACGAAUGGCACCGCCUUUCUCAGCAGCAGCAGCAGAACAACAACGCACCAUCGCCGCCGCCAUUGAAAAAGAUGAAACUUGAAAAUGAUCAAAACGAGAAUGGCCCACGACGCAAGCAGCAAUCCAUGUCGAUUUUCCUCGCGAACGACUUUAAGCACAAGAUCAAAGAAACCCUACCCCAGCUCGACGCAAACUCCAAACUCGUCCAGUUUUUGAAAAACAACCCCUACUUGUACGACGAAGACCCCAUCUACCAGCCUCCGAUUGACCUGUCCGAAGAGGAAUGGUCCACCACCGUGUCCUAUUUGGACAUGGGCGCCGCUGACGCCAUCCACUCCCUACCUCGCGACCAAGCUAUCGAGACGAUCAAGGGCUACGACAAGAUGCGCGCAAAGUUGCGAGAUUUCUUCAAGCCUUUUGCGGAGCAGGGCAAAGUUGUCACUGAGGAAGAAGUCAAGAGCUUUUUUGGCCAGAUCAAUGACGACGAUAAGAAGUUAGCCAGGGGCGAAUGA